CGACUAUCAUGAUAGUGAGGGGCCCCGCGAACAUACAACCUGAAUUCUGAUAGAGACCCCCUCACAGCAUCGAAACCAUAUCUUGCCCGUGAUCAAUGUCCAAGUCAGCGUAGUGGACUCAAAUCAGUCCUGCCCCUUUGAUAAAUAUGUUGUCGCGACUGCCGAGGAAUCGGAGAAGAAGUACGCGGUGUUUGAGUGCAAGUCAUGUCCCUCAUCCUGGUAAAGAUAAUCUGAUUUUCAGAGCAGGUCCGAACAUAUCCUGGAGCAACUCGAGCACCGGGGUUCAGGUCCAAUUCUCUAACUGGUCUUCGGAGACGAGUGCAUUCAGCUUCCUUGAAGUUUAUGCGCUUCGCGCCAACGAUGAGCGGCUCAUACAACCGACGAAACCGGUGGCGGUUUUUCCUGGAUGGAACACGAUCGCUGCCAUAACGUGGACAUCACACAAGAUAUUCAACGGCCCGCAAUUAUUU